AUGUUAUUUUAGCCUAUAUAACAUUGUAUAAUUUUUUAAAAAGCAGACAUAAAGUGCUGAAAUGUUCACGUAAAAGCGAAUACAGUAGCUAAGCGGUGAUGUGAGCGUUAAGAGAGGAUUUUUUUUUUUUUGCAUGAUUCCUUGUCAGUAUCUGGGAAUUUGGUCCUCAGCGGCCACCGUCUUCAGGUAAACAUGGCGUCCGACGGAGAAAGCGAUGAGGAUUUUGUCACUUAUGGAACGCCUUUAGAGCCUCUUGAAGAAGACGAGCCCAUCAGAAAGCCGAUACCUGUGCAGGACCAGACGGUUAAGGAUGAGAAAGGUCGCUACAAAAGGUUUCAUGGAGCUUUCACUGGUGGCUUCUCUGCUGGCUACUUCAACACUGUGGGAUCGAAGGAAGGUUGGACGCCGUCAACAUUUGUGUCCUCACGAAAUGAGAAGGCAGAGAAACAUAAUGCCAGACCAGAAGACUUCAUGGAUGAAGAAGAUUUCAGCGAGCACGGUAUCGCACCCCAACAGAUCACCACCACUGAUGAUUUUGCUUCUGAGAGGUCUGAUCAGAUCAGGGACAAGGCCCGAACCAUCAGCUCCCUCACCGCUCCCAUCCCGGGAGACACUCUGCUGGAGGAGCUGAUCGCACCCGCACGGUCGUCUAUCGGAGUGGAGCUGCUUCGGAAGAUGGGAUGGAAGGAUGGACAGGGGGUCGGACCCAGACUGAAACGGCGACAACGCAAACAAAACCCGGAUGUUAAAGUGUACGGAUGUGCUUUACCACCCAGAGGAUCGGAGGAGUCGGAGGAUGAUGAUGAGUUUGCGCCCGAGAACGUAACCUUUGCACCCAAAGACGUUACCCCGGUGGAUUUCACCCCUAAAGAUGACGUCCAUGGGCUCGGCUACCGAGGCCUCGACCCCCUGCAGGCCAUGAUGGGCGGUUCAGGGGCAUCGCAUAUCAACCUCUUCACGCUAGACUCUGAUAGGACAAGUCUGUUUGGUGAUAGGAAGGCGGGGCAACAUCGUAAGGGCGGGAUCUCAGGGCAGGCUUUUGGCGUGGGAGCAAUGGAGGAGGAGGACGAUGAUAUCUACCAUAAAGACGCCAUGUCCAAUUAUGAUGUCAUUCUGGAAGGGGAGGAGCCAGGGGACGGACUUUAUGGGUGGACGGCACCUCAGCAGUACAGAAAGAAGAAGAGAGAUACAAGCAGAGAUGCAGCAUAUGUGGGGAAAAUCCUGGAAGGUUUCACAUUAGCUUCUAAACCUGAAGAAGCAAAACCCGUGUUUCCUCCGCCCGUCCUGCCUCGUGAUUAUCGCCCGGUGCAUUAUUUCCGGCCCGUGGUGGACGCGUCGUCCGUCAGCCCGCUGGUAGCCCAGGCGCUGCAGGCUUCACGUGGACAGCUAUCCCAGAAUGCACCGCAGCAGAGCCGCCACACGCUGGACUCCGCCCAGCGGAGAGAGAUGCUGGGAGAGACCAGCUUACAGGGUCCCCGUUCAGUGUUUGAGCUCCUGGACAUUAAGGACAGAGAGAGGCUGAGUGAGAUCCGUAAAGCUGCAGAAGAGAAGAGAGCUGCUUUACAGGAUCGUUUCCAGUCCGGUGUCGCUCCUUCUGAUUUUCGAACCCAGCUCCAGGUCUCUAAAGCUCAGGCAGACAUGCAGCUCCGGCCUCCGGCUUCAGACACGGCCCAGCAGGCUCUCAGCAUCUGGUCGAGUCCCACAGCUCAAACCAGCCAGACUUUUCGGCCGUUUAACAAAGACCCGUCCAAGCAGGCGCGCUACGAUCGCUACAUCAGCCACCUGAAACAGGGGAAUAAAGAUGCUCUGGAGUCAAGUCUGGAUCCAGCGAUGACGGAAUGGGAGCGAGGCCGAGAGCGGGACGAGUUUGUGCGUGCGGCUGUGCUCUAUAAGCCGAGUAAAUCCUUACUGUCCUCUCGCUUCACUCGGGCCAAACACGAGGAUGACACCGACAGCGUAGAGGUGACACGGGAUCAGGAGGGUGAUGUGAAUGACAAGCAGGCAGCAGUGAAGAUGAAGAUGUUUGGGAAACUCACUAGAGACACAAUGGAAUGGCAUCCUGAUAAACUCCUGUGCAGGAGGUUUAAUGUUUCCGACCCUUAUCCAGGCUCGAGCAUCGUGGGCCUCCCCAAAGUGAAGCGCGACAAGUUCUCCGUGUUCAAUUUCCUGACUGUCAUGGAUGACAGACAGAGCUCUCAAGCCAUGCCCACUUCUAGCUCAGGAAGCGCUCCUGCUUCCUCUCUCAGUUCCUCGGGCAAACGUUCAAGGUGGGAUGUGGCUGAUCAGGGGUCAAAGGUUAAAGAGACGCUGAGCGUACACAAGGCUGAGCAGGAGCAAGACCACACGAUCACUGCGACGACAUCUACAGCAUCCACGGACUCCGUCACUGCUGCUGAGCCUAAAGUAUCAGAGCCUGACGCCGAGCAGAAAACGAAGAAGGAUGAAGAUGAGGAGGAGGAAGAGGUCAGACCUCCCAUGGACCUGUUCAAGGCCAUCUUCGCCAGCUCGUCUGAUGAGAAGAGCUCGUCUUCAUCUGAGGAAGACAGUGGUGAAGAGGAGGAGCAGGAGGUGGAGCUGGAGGCGGAGCCACAUACACCAGAAGUCACACCUACCCUGCCUGUUGUACCUCAGGCUCCUCCCACAUCACGUUUAAGUAGUGUAACAGAGCCGGAAUCCCGAAUCGCAGAAAAAGUAGCGCAGAAAGACACUAAUGCAGAUCUCGACUGUGAGGAGUUUGGACCCAGAUUACCACCACCUGGGCAAGUGUUCCCCUCUUCCUCAUCACCAGUAUGGGAAGAAAAACAGAAGAAACAGAGCAAAGCGAGGCACAAAUCCAAGAAAGAGCACAAACACAGAAAAGAGAAGAAGCAUAAGAAGAAGAGUAAGAAGCACAAGCAUAAAGGGAAACCGAAGAAGAAGAAAAAGACGGAGGAGACAGAGAGUAGCUCUGAUGACUCUGACGGUGGUGGUGUCACGAAGACGGGGUCGGUGUCCAACGAGAAGCUGCUCCAAAGGUUAAAAAACCUGCAAGGAAAGAAGUGAUGGUGUGACGACUCCGAGACGGAUGAACUGUCCUCCAUGAGGAUUCUGUUUUAAUACGUACAGGAGCUGCAUUUUGUGUGAAUUCAUGUUUUGCAAAAUUACGAACAUGAUUUAAAAUAAAAUUACUGUGAAUCCUG